AAGAAUCAUUGCUGCUCGGUCCCAGGAUGCAUGAAACGGUUCAAGCGGCUGGAGCACUUGAAGCGACAUAUCAAGACGCAUACCCUGGAACGGCCGUUUGCAUGCACGACUCCUGGGUGCAACAAGCGGUUCUCACGUUCAGACAAUCUUUGUACGUUUCGAUCGCUACAUGAU